GAUGGGUCAAUAUGAGAGCGCAGCCAUCCUUAUCGAAGCGGGGGCCAGGUUAGACGUCCGAACUCCGAGAGGAUUUUCAGCAGCCGACUUCGCCCGUGAGCAUGACGUGCCAGACUUCAUUUUACAGGCGUUUCAAGGUCAGCCACAGGCAUGUGAGAAAGUAGCAGCACUUGCGCUGAAUGACGAAAUUAUUGAGGAAUUCCUUUGA